AUGUCUGCGAAAACUAUGGAGAUCAGUUGGAGUCAUUAUUACGGUGUAGUGGAAAACUUAUCAUUACUCACCGGCUUAUGGCCGUUUCUGAAACCGAAAACGAGAAUAUUCCGCGUUGCCGUGAUAACAGUGAUAUUCUUGACUCUGUUGAUUCCUGAGAUAGCGUUCCAAUUUACGUGCGAGGGAGAUAUACAGUGCAGUUUCCUAUCGAUGACGGCGUAUUUGUCGACGUUUAUAGCCGCGGUGAAGGUGAUCACGUUUCAAUUGAACAUUCAAAGAUUCAAAGAUCUCACCGAACGCUUGUUUAACGACUGGGAAACGCUAGAAACUCCCGAAGAGUACGACAUCGUAAGAUCGCAUGCCGUGAAUUGCAGGCGAUUUUCCAUAUUAUAUCCCAUGUACUGCUUCUUGACGGUGUACUUGUUUAUGUCGGUGUCAAUCGUGCCGCGUAUACUCGAUGUCAUUAUUCCGUUCAAUGAAUCCCGGCCAAACCUGCUACCGUAUCCGGGAUAUUACUUUGUGGACAGUAAGAAGUAUUUUUAUUACAUUUACGGCCAUUCAGUCGUGAGCUGGGAAAUAAUCACGGCCGGAUUAGUGGCACACGACUGCAUGUUCGUGAGUUACGUCGAACACGUUUGCAGUAUGUUCGCUGUGGUCGGUCGUAACGAUGCGAUCAAAGAUGUGAAAUGUGACGAUACGUACCAUAAGAAGAUCGCGCUUCUUGUGCACACGCAUCGCAAAACUUUAGAGUUCGCGCAACUUCUCGAAAAUACCUUCACCAUAUCUUUCGCUAUACAACUAUUAAUCAUUAUCACGACGAUGAGCUAUGUAAGACGUUCGUUUCUGGUAACGUCUGAGAAUUCCUGUACGUGCUACUUUAGGCAUUUAGCUGGCACACCUUUGGAACGUUGCAGAUACAACAGCUCUUGGUACGAAACACCUGUGAAGUCACGGAAGUUGCUCAUUAUGACGAUGAUACAGAGCCUCCGGCCGAUUUCCUUGAGCGCCGGCAAGAUUUACGUAUUCUCCCUGGAGAGUUUCACCACGGUAAAACGAGAUUCCUCGUGGUGGACGAUGUUUUGGAAUUUCAUUUCAUUUAAUAACGGACAGUUUCUGUUUGAAAGGUUCUGCAAACUUCGAUGUCGUACGUUACGGUACUCGCAUCCUUUUAAUAGAAUCACACUCAAUAUUAAAACUGCAUCCGGCAAUUCUGCGAUGAUACAAAUAACCUACGGAAUGUGUCCUAUUAAACUCGUGAAAUUAUUUAAACGAUAUCUUCAUACCUUCGCCUUCGACGGCAGUUUCUACUUUAAUAUAAAAUGUGCCUCUCGUCUGGAGUUCAAUUUUAACGACUGA